CACACUGUCUGGCAGCACAACUGUCACCGUUCAUCAGUCAGGUAUGCUGCCUGCUCACCUUUGAGGGCAUUCUCACAGCCAAGCAGCCAAACCAGAGCCACCUUUCUUGUUUUUUAUUUUGCAACUUAGCAUGAGGACCGUGCUUAGGAACAGAGCCAUCCUGUGGAAACCACCCAAGGAAACUCGGGCAGCCUGAGGCGAGCUACGUGCACAUGAGAGUCGGCAUUUGAGCUCCAGCACUGGGUGAGGAUGAAGAGUUGCAGAGAGGGUGGCAAGCUCUACUCUGAGUGCUUUACAUGAAGAAAUACAAGAAGGAUACUUCAGGAACACAGAUGCUGGAAGGAUCCCCAGGCACCAACAAAAACUGGAAUCACUUUGAGUAGCCCCAAAUGCUAUGAACCUUCUGGAGGAGAACGGUGGAAACUGCACCUCAACCAACCAGAUAACUUUUCAGCCACAUGUACAGCAAAUGGACAAGGGAUCCUAGGGAUGCAAAGUCCACUGGAAGGAAGAUCCUAGUCUCCCUGAACCUUGACUUCAACUGGGCAUCUCACACAUUUAACUAUUUCCAGAAUAAAAGGAAAGGAGCCUAUGAGAGAAGCGAAAUUCAGCCAUGUUGGAACUCUCAGUCCCGGAGCGGUGUGUUACGCAGUUCUCCUUCUCCGGCCUGGCCUGCCACAGGACUUGCGCCGUGACCUGCGCAAGUACGCCAGAGGGAAGCUGCUUUGAGACGGUUACAGUUCCCUGGUCAGAGCUAACCAUGACGAGGACUUCUACGUGCAUAUACCACUUUUUUGUUUUGAGCUGGUAUAUUUUCCUCAAUUUUUAUAUCUCACAACAAGGAGAGGAUCGGCGGAAAUCCAAAGUCUUUCUAAGUGGUGGACAAUGGAAGUACUUAACAUUCCUUAAUCUGUUCUUGCAGGCCAUUUUCUACGGGGUGGCCUGCCUGGAAGAUGUGCUGAAAAGAGCUAAAGGGCAAAAAGACAUUAAGUUCAUAACUGCCUUCAGAGACCUGCUUUUCACCACACUGGCUUUUCCGAUAUCUGCAUUUGUAUUUUUGUCAUUCUGGAUCCUCUUUCUCUAUGAUCGAGAACUCGUUUACCCUAAGGCCCUAGAUGGUAUCUUUCCAGUGUGGUUGAAUCAUGCAAUGCACACGUCCAUAUUGCCCUUCUCUCUGGCUGAAGUCAUCCUCAGGCCACACUGCUACCCACUGAAGAAGAAAGGACUCGCCUUGUUGGCUGCUGCUAGCCUUGCUUAUGUCAGCAGGGUUCUAUGGAUCUACUCUGAGACUGGUACAUGGGUGUAUCCCGUGUUUGCCAAACUCAGCCCAGUGGGUCUAGCAGCCUUCUUCUCUCUCAGCUACGUCUUUAGCGUCGGCAUCUACCUAUUUGGAGAGAAGCUCAACCACUGGAAAUGGGGUGACACGAUGCAGCCGAGGAAGAAGAGGAAGUGAUUAGACACCAUUUUCCAAGAACCGAGGAAGAAGAAAACAUGAGAGUUUUUUUCAUCUUUUUUCUUCCUGGUGCAGGGAGGUGGUGGAGCAACAAAGGAAGGUAAAAAGGACAGGGAAUGAUAUUUAAAUUUAAUAAGACAGCCAUGAAGGUAGCUGAAUUUGAGGACUCUUGUUUUUUUAAAACUUUUACUGGACACACCCAAAACAAUUCCUGCUGUCACAGAAUUUGUUACAUCCGUCUGACCUCUGUGGAGGAUGGUCUGUGGUCAACAUCUGGCCCAAAGCCAAAGAAACUCACGUAAAUGUGGUGUUAGAGAAUGUUUAGAGAGAGAAAGAAACUUAGGAUCAUCCAAACUAUUCACUUUACAGAGGAGGAUGCUGAGGACCUAGAUGAGAAGUCACCUGCAUGAGGCCAAAGAAUUAGCAUCAGAACCAAAAUAAAAGCUUUUGUCUCCCAUAUCUUCUAACUCCCAGUCCUGGGCCAUUUUUGAAUAAUCCCAAUUUUCCUAAACAGAGGCACUUUCAUAAGCUAGUUAUUUUCAUGGACUUCUCAUCUAUUUUUUUCUCAGUCCAAAUGGAAAUGUAGGGAGAUGGUUGCUUUUGAAGUUGUCUGUCUACCUAGUAUAAUAGCAAAUUAACUG